UACCCAUCAUAGCCGCUCAUGGCACGCGCUACUUUGUUACACUGCUACUUUUUUUUUUUGUAUCUGCUUUUGAUGUUGUCUCGCGAGAGGUUGCGGCGUGAACUGGAGCGCGAGUGGGCAUUGAUCGAGAGCGCGGAAAAGAAGCUCGUGGGGGAGAAGAAGAAGGUGGUGACCGAGUGGGUGAGUGUCGAGGACGCUCAGCGAGAAUACGACGCUAAACGUGAUGAAUUCGAGAAGAACGUGAGCAAACAUUUUAGUUUUUUGCCUGAUGACACAGUGAUAGUUUUCAACGUGGGUGGACAGCUGUUCAAGUCGACUGUGAAAGUUUGGACUCGGGAUCGCUUCUCGAUACUUGCCCAUCUUUGCACGAAAUCUCCGCAACUCCGCCCCGACAAGGAUGGAUCGUUCUUCUUUGACCGAGAUUUCUGGGUAUUUCAGUUUAUUCACGUAUUUCUGCGAGAUAAUAAGCUGCCGGAUGCCGUCGAGGAAUUACGGGAGCUGUACUGUGAGGCCAGUUUCUACCGGUUGGGCCUACUUCGACACGCCAUCGAAGCUCGGAUGAUUGGGGAGGAUGCCAUGGCAGCCAACGUAUUGCAACUACGACCUGGUAAUGCAAUAAACUUACCUGCUGCGGCUGUAGUGGAGGAGAAGGAUGGUAAGUCUGCUUCACCGGUAACUGAAAGCUCGAAAUUGAAAAUUCCGAGCAAAUACAGCGAGCUGCCUGACCCGUUUGGGUUUACUUCGAAAAAGCAACGUUGAAGCUCGGAGAAACGACACAAUAAUAUCUUACACUACUGAACGAUUAUCUCGGUCGGUCAUUCUGCGUUCAUAUACCGGG